GUGUGGACCGGGGAGCCCACUGGCUGACAGUGUGAAAACUGCCAGUGGAGUACUGCCAUUUUGCUUGAGAGACACCUUCGUCAAAAUUGCCGUUUUCCCGACUAUGAGAUGAGCUCUGAAACAGGAGAUGACUUUGAUCAGUCGGAGGAUGACCUGGAUGAGGACGAGGCGACGCAAUACAUAAUUGAACAAAGCCUGAUUCAGUAUAGGAAACUGAAGGGGUUGAAUCCGAGUGACCUAAAGCCCAGCCAAGACCCCGAUGAGAUAUUCAAAGCCAUCAAGGAUGGAGAUGAGGUUGCGCUGAACAGACUAGCAGAGCAACCUGAGACUCUGUCUAGAGUCGACGAGCGAGGAUGGAUCCCCCUGCAUGAGGCCGCAGUGCAGGAGAACAAAAAAAUGCUAGAGAUGAUCUUCUCAGCAUCACCUCCGGGAGCAGUUCAGUGUCGCACUCUGAAGGGUGAGACGCCUCUGUUUCUAGCUGUGGUCCAUGGCCUGAGACAGAACGCCACAUUCCUGUUACAGAAUGGCUGCAGCCCAGAUGUUCAAAAUGAUGAGCAGGACUCUCCCUUGGUGGCAGCGAUUCUGAACGACCAGUAUGACUUGGCCACACUCUUGCUUCGCUACAAUGCCGCCGUCGACCAAACAGGACCGCUAAACAGGACCGCGCUGCAUGAGUCUGCCUUUUUAGGUCUGGAGAACUUUGUGUAUCUGCUGCUGGAGUCAGGCGCCAACCCAAACGCGGUGGACGUCAAAAAGAAAACUCCACUUGCGCUGGCUGCGCAGAACGGACAUCUGAAUGUGGUGGAGACUCUGUUGGAGAAAGGAGCCCAUGUGAGGUCAGAGUCGGAGUCGGGUACCGUGCUAUUUGAUGCAGCAGCAUCAGGAAACCCUGAUGUCAUCUCCUUGCUCUUGGAUCAUGGAGCAGAUCCCAACCUUCCUCUCUACAGUGGGCACCUGCCAAUUCACCGCGUGGCAUACCACGGGCACAGACUGGCGCUGGAAAUCCUCAUCCCUGUCACCAAGCUACAGGCUAUCAAAGAAAGUGGAAUGAGUCCACUCCAUUCGACCGCAGCUGGAGGACACGCCCAGUGUUUAGAGAUUCUGCUCAAAGCGGGCUACGACCCAAACUUCAUGCUGCACCCGAGGGUGCGGCGCAGCUACGAGGAUGAGCGCAGGUCGGCCCUCUUCUUUGCCGUGUCCAACAACGACCUCUACUGCGCCCGCUUACUGCUGGAGGCCGGAGCGAUGGUGAACCAGGAUCCCGUCAACUGUCUGCAGGUGGCCCUCAGACAGGGCAACUAUGAACUCAUCAACAUCCUGCUGAAAUACGGAGCGAACGUCAACUACUACUCCCGCAUCAACACCACUCACUUCCCCUCGGCCCUGCAGUACGCCUUGAAGGACGAGGUCAUGCUGAGGAUGAUCCUGAACCACGGUUACGACGUCAAGCGUUGCUUUGACUGUCCGUACGGCGGCAGUUCUCACGACUACGCUCCUUGGACAACCUCUGUCAUCAAAGACAUGGUGUUCUGUGAGGUUAUAACAGUGUCUUGGCUGAAGCCCUUAUCUGGUCAGGUGGUGCGCAUCAUGCUGGACUACACAGACCAUGUCUCCUUCUGCCCUAAACUGAAAGACACCUUGCAGCAGCAGAAGCAAUGGCCAGAAAUCUGCCACAUUCAACGAAGCACCCGGAGCCUGAAGCACCUAUGUCGGUUGAGGAUAAGGGAGCACCUCAGCCGUCUGCGCUUGAGAGCCCCAGUUUUUAUCAACUUCCUUCCUCUCCCUCCAAGACUGAAAGACUAUCUACGUUUUAAGGAGUUUGAUGUUUACACCAGGGGGAGCAUGGUUAACCCCUGAAGAAGACAAAGUCAAAGAUGUUACUGACAUCAGCAUGUCUGAUGCGUUCCUGGUACAUUUAUGUUAGAUAUUACCAUAAUUAGAUUUUUUUUGUGUGUGUGUGUGUAUUUGUCUUGAGGUAUGAUUUGCAUAGAACUAUGUGCGGCCUUCUCUUUAAAAUAUUUUAUUAUCAAUACCUUGUAUAAUUAUUUACUCCUGUUUAUACAAAACUGUUUUGUCUGAGGUCUCUUAAAGACAAAAAAUAGUAAAAAAUAAAUAAAUAAAAAUCAUUGUAUUUCUAUCCCUUAUAAUCUAAGAUGCUUUUCAUGGGUAAACCUAAAAAAGGGCAGGAGCUGUAAAUUUAAUAAAAUGUGUCCAAUGUCUACGGACGUGUCUGUAUGGCAAAAACGCUGCCUCUACAGCACUACUCAGUGGUGGAGAGACGAAUUGCAAUAGUGGUGAAUCAAAUUCCACUUAUUUA